CGUACAUAAUUCGACCGACACAGCUAUUUAAGUGAAUAUCAAAUGCGUAUAUCAAAAAACAAUUCAACAUGUCGUUAGAAAGAGAGUUAGAAUACAGUUUGGGUAAAGAACACAUUCCAAGGUACAACCACAUAGCCAAGUGUGCUACAUGGAUUGAUGAAAAAUCAACAUUCUUUUUGCGUAAACUGUAUAUUGGGGAAACGUCUGUGCCAAUAGAAUUUGGAGAUGUCACGAUGGUGUUCCAACCAAAAUUUAUUUUGAAGGAAAUAGAGAGUUUAUUUGGCCCUCUUCAAAAACGACCGGAUGAACUAUUAACUGAAUAUGAUACUGCGCCGCAGGAAACAAACGAAUUUCAGCCGAAAAUAAGUGUUACGUAUUCCCAAGACAAAAACACCGGAGAUGAUGGGUAUGUCGUAAAAGCCGAAAAUGAAGACAACAUGAGAGUCAGAGUAGUGAGUGAGAAAAAAAUUCAAGAGGCAUUGGGUUCAAUCCUUGAAAAAAUUGUGUUAAAGCAAUUCGUGGUCAAAUUCAGCAGAAUAAAGCAAACGGUUAAUGAGAAACAACUAGGGCAAGGACUUGCCGACAAGAACAGUUAUUCGAUAGAGAUGAAUAAACUGAAUGCAUUCGAACGAGAGAGCCUAGUGGACACAAUACGUGAGGGACAAGCGCUUUUAAGGAGGUUUGGCCACUACGAAGCACAAAUCAACAGUAGUCCCUCAUCGACGGAUGAAAAAAUUUUAGACGCAGUAUUCGGCGUAGACGGGAAUGUCAAGGGCUGUGGAUUCAGGGACGGACAACUACAAAUACAUGUGCAUAAACCUAGUAUACCAAGCGAAAGGCAAAGAAUAAAAAGUGAACUGACAAACGUUCUGCAGAAUUUAAAAAUCAACAGCGUGGUUGUUUUUGGCGAUUACGACAUCACCCCUUUUUCGGGAUCCCAAGUUGGAGAUAAAGCUGAGAACAUUUUGGGUAAAACAGGAACGCUUGGUGGUUUUGCUCAAAUAGAAGGUCAUCUUCCUCAAAGUGAAAGCAAACUUUGUGCUCUCUUUGCGAGACAUUUUGCAGAUCCCGAUGAAGACAACGAAGAACCUCCAGUACAAAUAUUUCAUCAAAGUGGUAACAAAACAAAGCUUGGAGUGGUUCAUCGAGGAAAUGAAAGAAGCAAAUAUGAUAUUUCUGCUGUAGCAGUUGUAUCUGAGGUCGAAAACAACAAAUUCAAAACUUCUGAGGGCCUAUAUUCACCCAGCCAACUAUGCCUUUACGAACAUGAUCAACUGGCAAAUCUUGAGGAACUACAAGUCUACAUUUGGGCAAAUGGAGAGGCGACUCCACGACGAGGAAAGAUCGCAAUUCCGUACUAUCGCCUUAGUUCAAUCGAUGGUCAUUACGUGUUGAUUGAGAACAUUUGUGAGUGGGAUAGAGAAACCAACGCGCUUGUGAGAAAGAGACUGUGUGAAUCUGGUCAUAGCGGGGCUAUUUUCUGUUCCGACGAUCCGAACAGAAAAUUUGUCACUGUUUAUUCAAUGCUUGAAGGUAUGUGGAACUACAAAGAAGUGGAAAAAGAUGCCUCUCACAAAGGCAUUUACAUGUCGUUUGCCGUCUGCAAAGGGUUGGAGGAUUUGGGCAAUAAACUUGGCGCCGAUAUCAAGCUUUGUUAGUCGUUACCUAUGAAGACAAGUGUAACUCCACCCCAACUUUCAUGUUUUGUAUAAUCACAUGUUUUGUCCAUGUCAAUAUACAUCUAUGUAUGUAUGUAUGUUUGGUGUGAUGUAUAAUUUAUGGUUACUAAUAGACAUUCUGUACCUAGCACUCGAUCUGCAAGGUUUAGAUUUGUAUUACUUGUUCACCAAGAUUUAGACAAGCUAUCGUGGCUUAAGUUCUUAAAUGAACUUUCGUCUCUGCUAUAUAAUACUGUCACGCAGUCUGGCUUAUUAAUCCACUGGAUUAAUGAAUAUACGAUACACCAGAUGUGUGUCCAUUUGUCAAUACACCACUUACUUCUAAUUAGCUCCCGACGGGAUUUCGUAUAUUUAUGUAUUCGGUGAAUUAUAAGCCAGACUGCGUGUAACCGAGUUUUCGAUCCGUAUAUAGCGGUACUUCUACGGUCUCGUUAUAGAGCUAGCUCUAUAUCGACGCGAUAGGGUGUCCUCCUGCAGAGCAAGAGGUCGUGGUUUCGAUCCCCAAUAUAUGCACAUAACAACUCAUGCAGUCUGUUUCAUUUAUGCAGUCUAUUACACUCAUUUGAACCAAAAGGUGGGCCAUAUUUACUCACACUGCGACAAUGUUGGUGUAUCACACACUCAUUUGGGCUCUUUUGAAAAUAGUAGUUGUAUUCAGCUGAAGAUGCGUGUGUUUGGAAUGAUGUGUUUAUAGGUAGCAAAAAAAUCUAAUAACAAAAGGUAUCAUGGCGGACAGCAUAUAAUUGAAAAGAAAUCACUUUGUGGAAAAUACUUGAUCGAAUAAAGAAAGUGACGACGAGUUGAGUUGCUAGCCAGACCGAAGAUAAACAUUUUUGUGUCAGAAACUAAGAUGUUUUGUUUAGUUUUGCGUCACUGAAUCAUUUAAUUUGCAUAAGCCCUUCUAUUUUCCGACUUAAUAAUGAAAAAGUGAAGCAAAAAUAAUUAAUGCCUUUCUGCGCGAAAGUCGCUUUAAUAACUGCGCGAAAGUCGCUUUAAUAACAAGCGUUGUUUAAUCACUGUAACCUUUAAGGACCCACCAGUCAUUUAACGUUUAUUCGUUUUCAGCAAUGAAAUACACGGUUACAAUCUAGUAGUCAGUAAUUGAUAUUAUUUAGUAAGUAGUUUGAGGUUUAUCACUCAAAAUGUAUGUUUGUUAUACAUGUACAUGUGAAUGUCUUGUUAUAAAUACGAGUGCCACUUUAAACAACGGUAGA